CCCUUCUCAUUAGAGUGGGGUGGCAAAAAACAGAACCUAGCUGUCCACGGGAAGAAAUUUCGUACUCCGACUAGUAGUACACAUGUGAAGUUCAGAUCUGAAUACAGCUUCCGAACAAAGCCGACGCCAUCGACCAAGCGGAGAUCCUCUGAAAGAUCCGCGCCGAUCCCGCAAGGCACCACGCCCUUCUUCCUCUCGUCAGAUAAUCCAACACCUCGCCGCUUGUUUCCGGAUCUGAGCGAGGGAUCUGCCCGCGUCGGGUCUCUCUUCGGGGAGGAUGAACUGGGUCGGGCGCAAGAUCCACCUCUACAAUGUCAACAUCGGCCUCUACAUGCUCGAUUGGUGGGAGCGCUACCUCUUCAAUACGUUGAUGCUUUGCCUUCUCUGGUACAUUCUACGGUAUCUCACUGGGUUCUUUCAAAGUAAUCUGGAGACCAUCCUACAUGGUGCGAACUAUCUUCUACAAGGUAGUUAAUCUUCAAAGGCAAAAGCACAUAUGUUGAUGGCUUUAUGGGAUCCCCCCUGUAAUCUAUGUUUUGAUUAGUCUCAGACUGAGAAACUAGAAAGGAACGGUUUAUGUGUUGUUGUGUUUGCAGCCGUUUUUUGUACUGUAUGUCUGCAUUGUCCAUGGUUAUUGUAAUAUAUUGAUGUCGCUGAUUCUCAGUUGACUGCCCGGAACUUCUGUAAAUCUAGCCCCGUCGAUAUUUGCACAUCUUAAACCUCAAA